GUAACCGUAGUAAUACUCAAAAAUCUGAUUUAAUUAUAUCCCUUAACCUCAAACCAAAUCUUCCCUAUAAAACCCUCUAACACUCCCUUUUUUCUUCUUCGUCGUCUCUCUGUCAGAGAUUGAGAUACCCAUUUCUCGGUUAACUAGAGAGGGGAAAAUUUUAGUGAGAGAAAAUAAUAAAAACUCAUAAAUAUGAGAACUAGAAGAGGACUUUGUUAUCCCAAACUUCAUGCUUCUUCCACCACAAUCACUCUUUCUAUUCAUGAUGAUAAUAGUGUUCAGAAGAUGAAGAUGUUGAAGAAUAAUAAUGGUUGUGGUGUUCGUGUUGUUAAUGGCGAUGUUGAUAAAAAGAGAUCGUCUUUUUUUUCGCCGGGAAUCGAAAAUGAUACAUUUAGAUAUGAUAGUUGUAGCAAUCGUUGCCGGAAAAGAGCGAAAGUGUCGCCGGAGUUAGCCGGAGGUUCUGACUUUUUCGACUCUUUACCGGACGAACUUGUCGUCUCUAUUUUGUGCAAACUUAGUUCGUCUGCCACUUGUCCUUCUGAUUUCAUCAACGUUCUCAUAACAUGUAAGAGAUUCAACAGUUUAGGCCUUGAUUCAUUGGUGUUGUCUAAAGCUUCGCCAAAAACAUUCGCUAUUAAAGCAAAAAAUUGGUCCGAAUCUGCUCAUCGUUUCCUAAAAAUUUGCUCCGAUGCCGGAAAUGUUGAUGCCUGCUACACUCUUGGCAUGAUUCGCUUCUAUUGCUUACAAAACCGAGGAAGCGGAGCGUCAUUAAUGGCGAAAGCAGCGAUUAACUCGCACGCGCAAGCCUUAUACUCAUUAGCAGUCAUUCAAUUUAACGGCAGUGGAGGAUCAAAGAGCGACAAAGACUUACGCGCCGGAGUCGCGUUAUGUGCGCGUGCCGCCUUCUUAGGCCACGUGGACGCACUCCGUGAACUCGGUCACUGUCUUCAAGACGGUUACGGUGUCCGUCAAAACGUCGCCGAAGGUCGUCGUUUCCUUGUUCAAGCAAACGCACGUGAGCUCGCCGCUGCUCUCACGUGUUCUUCACCUUCUCCCUGUUGGCCUACCCAUCCACCAAACGGAAACCGCCUCGUGGCGUCCACCACCACCACCACAGCAAUUGGUUGUCCGUUGUUGAGUGAUUUUGGAUUCAACGUUCCGGCUCCAGAAGCUCACCCCGCGAACCGGUUUUUAACCGAGUGGUUUAGUUCUCGGGCCGGAGAUAUAAAAACAGAACUAGGUUUAAGGCUUUGUUCUCAUUCGGGUUGUGGUAGACCGGAGACGCGUAAUCAUGAGUUUAGACGGUGCUCUGUAUGCGGAGCCGUUAACUACUGCUCACGUGCUUGUCAGGCGCUGGAUUGGAAGUUGAGGCAUAAAGGAGAUUGUGCUCCCAUGGCUAGAUGGAUUCAAGUUGAUGAAGAUAAUGAUAACAUCAACCCCGGUAACGGAGUUGAAAUAAACGCCAUGGAAAUUGAUGGUGAUAGAUAACGGCCAAUUUGUCCAUUGACUGACGGCAAUGGUGCUAUAUAGUUGGGCCUUGGGGUUCAUUUGGGCCGGGUGGGUAGAUCGAGGGUAAAAGUGGAAAUUCUAUUUUCUGGAAAAUUAAAAAUAAAAAAAAAAUACUUUUAUAUUCUUUAAGGGUGCCAUUGGAUGUAAUGAAACGGAGGAAAAGAAAGGAGAGGAACUUGGAGGAAGAAAAAAUCUCUUAUUUAGAUGGCAAAAUAAAAGGUAAGGAAUUUAGAAGGGAGAGAAUUGAAAGAAUUUGAUUGAUAUUAAAGUUUUAAUCUCUCUAAAAUUAGAAAAAUUUGAAAGGAAGACUUUUAUUUUCUUUUCUAUUCCUUCCAUUCACUCUUAUACAAACAAGAGUUAUUUUCUUUUUAUUUUUCUUCUCUUUCUUUUCCUUUUCUUCCAUUCCCUUUUCUCCUUUUCACUUAAUGUAAAAGAAAAUGAAAGUGGGAGGAAAUGGUGAUAGGAAAUUAAACAAUCAGAAAAUAUCCGAGAUUUUUAAAAAAUAUUUCUUUGUAUAGAGAGAGGAAUUUGUACCCUUCAGCGGAUCUAAUGUACUUUUAAUUAGUUAAAAUCACUGCUUAAUUACAAAUUAUGAAUUAACAAUUACUCACUUUGUGACAUUGACAUAGUAUUGGUUACCAUUUUCUUUCUAUUCUAUCGAAUAAUUUGCCACAAUUUUAUCAUUUGAUUAGUUUUCACUUAGAUUAUCAUUCAACUAUACUUAAAUUAUUUUCUCUUUGGCUUAUUAUUUUAUAUAAAAUUGUUUGCAAAUAAAAGUCUCCAUGUUUAUAAUUUUUGCGAAUUAUAGUAUUAAGGUUUAAGUUUUGCGAAUUAUAGUAUUAAGGUUUAAGUUUUACGAAUUAUAACUUUCAACUUAAACAUAGUGAACACCAAUACAGUCAAGUAACUGGUUUCUGGUGAAUUUUUCCCAAUAUACCCUUUGGCUGGCUCUUAACUCCCCUUGGCUUUUAAAAUUAAAGGAUAUGCGGUCAAAUGAAUGAAUAUUAUUGGUGUUUAUUUUGAUAAGUUGAAAAUUAUAAUUUGCAGAAGUAAAAUUUUAAGACUUUAAUUGGAAAAAACUUAAAACUUAAAACUUAAAAUUCAUAAUUUAUAAAUGAUUCAUUUAUAAAAAAUGUAUCUAAAAUUAGGGUAUAAGAAUUAGUUGGGGGAUGUCACGUUGUAGUUAAUGUUUAGCAAUAGGAGAAAUAGAAAGAAAAAUAGUAGAAGCAGUAUUAGGUAAGUGGAUUGGGAUGAAUUACCAAACAGGAAUUUUGCUUAAGCCUGCAAUUUAACUUAGAGGGAAAGAGAAGUUGUAGUUCUCCUUACAAUUCUUUGUUUAGCUUGAUUGUUAAAAGAAGUUGGAAAUUCCAAAUGUUAUAGAAACUUGCAUUUAUAAAAACAAAGGAAAGUAAUGGAAUGGAAACAAUUGCGAAAAUGAAUUUAUUUGUCAUGGGUGGGACCUCCAAGUAAGAACUCAAGGGUUCUCUAAAAUUAUUUGGAUUAAUCGAAAUUGAAUAUGAUUCAAUCAGAUUUGACAUAAUUUGUAUAUGAAAAUCAAAUCAAAGUGUUUAGAUAUUUAUAUAUGUUAAUUAAGAAUUAAAAUUAACUCGAUCUGAAAUAUUAUACCGAACAUUUGAAUGGACACCUUGUCCAUUGUAAAAUGAUAUAU